AUGGCACCACGGAGGCUCAGGAUCGGCGUCGCCGGCUUGGGUCGCAUGGGGAAGCGGCAUGCCAUGAAUUUCUCCCAGUCGGUACCCCGGGCGGAACUAGUGGCCGUGAGCACUCCCGACGCAUCCGAGCGACAGUGGGCGGAGAUUCACUUGGGCCCGUCCGGCGUAUCGGUGUAUGCGAACUACGAAGACAUGCUCCGCCACGAGGGCCUCGAGGCGGUCUGCAUCGCGUCCGUGACAUCGGUGCAUGCCGAUCAGGCCAUCCGCGGCAUCGCGGCAGGCAAGCAUGUGUUAUGCGAGAAGCCUUUGGCCACUACUGCAGAAGUAUCGCAAUCCGUGGUCGAUGCCGCGGCGAGACGGCCUGACCUCAAGGUCAUGUGCGGCUUCUCUCGACGGUUUGACGACUCGUACCGAGACGCGCAUGCCAAGGUGGAGGCGGGCCUGAUCGGACGGCCCUCCGUGAUUCGAAGCCAGACCUGCGACGUCUUGGAUCCGUCCGGCUUCUUCGUGGCCUAUGCCCAGUUCAGCGGUGGCAUCUUCGUGGACUGCUCGAUCCACGACAUCGACCUGGCGCAGUGGUUCUUUGGCGAAGACAGCAAGGUCCAGUCCGUCUCGGCCGUCGGCAUCACGGCGGUAGAGCCCGGGCUGCGCGAGUACGACGACCGAGAUAACGCAGUGGGCGUCAUCGAGUACGCCGACGGCCGCAUCGCCUAUCUGUACUGCUCCCGCAUGAUGGCCGCCGGCCAGGAAGACUCGACCGAGAUCAUCGGUACCCACGGCAAGCUGACGGUGAAUCUCAUCCCGCAGGAGAACCUGGUGCGCAUCUACGAGCCCGGCGGCAUCCGCCACGAGCUACCGCAGAACUACUACGGCCGGUUCAAAAACGCGUUUGCGCGCGAGGCCGUCGAGUUUACCGACUGCUGCCUCGACGACAUCGAGGUGCCAGUCAAGCUGGCUUCCGCGGUGACCGCCGUGAGGAUCGGCGCGGCCCUGCAGCAGUCCAUGAUCAGCGGGGAGAAAGUCCGGUUCGAUAACGCAGGGGAGGGAGCGGAGCGAGCCCAUCUGUAG